AGAAACGAAUCGCUUCUUUCCUAGUGUCAAAUACCAGUCAGUCUCUGUCAAGGUCAACCAAAUCGCCCAAAACUUUUCAUCUCUAAUUAUUUCAAAAGAAAAUCACUGUGAAUCAAUUUAAUAUUUAUUCUCACCAGAUCUAAUCAUAGAUUUUCUUCUUAAUCAAAACCCUAGAUAAACCCUUUAAUUGACUUGAGGAUUUUCAGUAUAUUUUUUUCCUUCAAAUUCUCACUCAAACAGUUUUCGUUUUCAUGGAGUAAUUGAAACUCCUACAAUAUUUAUUGAAAUUUUAGUAAUUUUCCCCCAAUAAUUAUUGAUAGAGUAAUGGGUGAUCCAUUGGAAAGAUUAAGUUCUGGAAUUGAACAACCAGAGAUUGAAGCCCUAUGUAUGGAUAUUGAUCUUAAAGAAAAUUCAGCAACAGCUGAUGAUUGGAGAAAAGCAUUAAGCAAAGUUGUACCAGCUGUUGUUGUGUUAAGAACAACUGCUACUAAAGCUUUUGAUACUGAAGCUGCUGGUGCCAGUUAUGCUACAGGGUUCGUUGUGGAUAAGAAACGUGGAAUCAUACUCACUAAUCGUCAUGUCGUCAAGCCUGGUCCUGUUGUUGCUGAAGCUACAUUUGUUAACAGGGAAGAAACUCCAGUUUUCCCUAUAUACAGAGAUCCAGUUCAUGAUUUUGGUUUUUUUCGAUAUGAUCCUGGUACGGUGCAAUUUUUGAGCUAUGAGGAGAUUCCUCUAGCACCUGAAGCUGCUUCUGUUGGACUCGAGAUUAGGGUUGUGGGUAAUGAUAGUGGUGAAAAGGUUUCAAUUCUAGCUGGAACGCUAGCUCGUUUGGAUAGGGAUGCACCCCAUUAUAAAAAGGAUGGAUACAAUGACUUCAAUACAUUCUACAUGCAAGCUGCAUCUGGGACAAAAGGCGGUUCAAGUGGUUCUCCAGUAGUGGAUUGGCAAGGAAGAGCAGUGGCCUUAAAUGCAGGGAGCAAAUCAUCAAGUGCUUCAGCAUUUUUCCUUCCAUUAGAACGAGUUGUGAGGGCGUUAAGGUUUAUUCAAAAGAGUAAAGACUCAUCUGGAAGUGGAUGGGAGGCUGUAACUAUUCCUCGUGGUACACUCCAGUCGACAUUUCUCCACAAGGGCUUUGACGAGACACGGAGGCUUGGACUCAUAAGCGAAACAGAACAGAUGGUAAGGCAUGCAUCACCAGUUGAUGAGACAGGGAUGCUUGUUGUUGAAUCUGUGGUACCAGAUGGCCCAGCCCAUAAACAUUUGGAGCCAGGGGAUAUCCUUGUUCGGGUGAAUGGAGAGGUCAUUACCCAAUUUUUGAAAUUAGAGACAAUACUCGAUGAUAACGUGGACCGGAAGAUCGACUUGCUGAUCGAAAGGGGUGGUGUUUCAUUAACAGUGAAUUUAAUGGUUCAAGACUUACAUUCUGUAACUCCAAACUUCUUCUUGGAAGUAAGUGGUGCAGUUAUCCAGUCUCUUUCCUACCAACAGGCCAGAAAUUUCCGUUUCAAAUGUGGCCUGGUGUAUGUUGCUGAACCAGGGUACAUGCUUUCUAGAGCAGCUGUUCCUCGCCAUGCCAUAAUUAAGAAAUUUGCAGGGAAAGAGAUAUCGCAGCUGGAUGACCUAAUACGGGUGCUAUCUGAGCUGUCUAGGGGUGCUCGAGUCCCUUUGGAAUACAUAAGCUACGUGGACCGCCAUCGCAGCAAGUCUGUCUUGGUCACCAUUGACCGGCAUGAGUGGUAUGCCCCCCCUCAGAUAUAUACUCGUAAUGAUAGUACUGGUUUAUGGACAGCAGGGCCUGCAUUGCCUGAUGGAUCAACAUAUUUAUCUUCAAGCAUUCACUGCUCAAUAAAUGUACCAGAUGAACCUAAUUUGUUGACUACAAGUGAAGUAGGCACGUUAGCACCUGUAGUGCAAAAUGCAAACAAAGAUUGGGCAGAUGGUUUCUGUAGAAGUGUGGCUACUGAUGAACAUGUUGGGGAGGAAUCACACUUCAUGGAAGAAUCUAACGCUCCAAACAAGAAGCAACGACUGGAAGAUGAUUCGCCCAUUAUGUUUUCUGAGAACACCAUACAUAAACCUGUUGAGGUAAGGGCGAUGGACUUAGACCUUGAAGAUACUGGGCAUGCAGAUGACCGAGGAGGUGCAACAACAACUGCUAAUGCUUCAGUCGCUGAACGAGUAAUAGAGCCGACUCUUGUCAUGUUUGAAGUUCAUGUUCCACCAUCGUGUAUGGUUGAUGGGGUGCACUCACAACACUUUUUCGGAACUGGUGUUAUUGUGUAUCAUUCUCAAAACAUGGGUUUGGUUGUUGUUGACAAAAAUACGGUUGCUGUAUCUGUUUCUGAUGUAAUGCUCUCAUUUGCUGCAUUCCCCAUGGAAAUUCCGGGCGAGGUAGUUUUCCUCCACCCUGUUCACAACUUCGCUCUCGUUGCUUAUAAUCCUUCGUCUCUAGGUGCUGCAGGUGCCUCAGUUGUUUGUGCUGCUAAACUUUUACCUGAACCUGCUUUGCAAAGAGGUGAUUCAGUGUAUCUUGUGGGUUUGAGUAGAAGUCUGCAAGCAACAUCAAGGAAAUCAACUGUUACCAAUCCAUGUGCUGCUGUGAACAUUGGCUCAGCUGACUGCCCACGGUACAGGGCUACCAAUAUGGAAGUCAUCGAACUUGAUACUGAUUUCGGUAGUUCAUUUUCGGGAGUAUUGUCUGAUGAACGUGGAUUUGUUCGAGCAAUUUGGGGAAGCUUCUCCACUCAGCUAAGAUAUGGUGGUAGCACAUCCGAAGACCACCAAUUUGUUCGAGGAAUUCCAAUUUAUGCAGUCAGCGAAGUUCUUGAGAAGAUUAUUCGUGGUGAUAAGGGACCACUUCUACUCAUAAAUGGCAUCAGAAGGCCAAUGCCUCUUCUUAGGGUUUUGGAUGCCGAACUAUAUCCGACUUUACUUUCUAAAGCUAGGAGUUUUGGAUUGAGUGACAGUUGGGUUCAAGCUCUUGAUAAGAAAGAUCCAAUAAGGCGUCAGGUUUUACGAGUUAAAGGUUGUUUGGCUGGAUCCAAAGCGGAGCACAAACUAGAACAAGGUGACAUGGUCCUAGCCAUCAACAAAAAUCCCAUCACCUGUUUCAGAGAUGUAGAAAAUGCUUGCCAAGGAUUGGAUGCAUCUGAAGAGAGCGAUGACGCACUUAGUAUGACAAUUUUCCGGCAGGGACAAGAAACUGAGGUUACUGUUGGGACUGAUGUUAGAGACGGCAUUGGCACUACGAGAAUGGUGAACUGGUGUGGAUGUAUUGUUCAGGAUCCUCACCCAGCAGUCCGUGCACUUGGAUUUCUUCCCGAAGAAGGGCAUGGUGUGUAUGUAGCUAGAUGGUGUCAUGGAAGUCCAGCACAUAGAUAUGGUCUUUACGCCCUCCAAUGGAUAAUUGAGAUCAAUGGGAAGCCCACCCCUGAUAUGGAAUCCUUUGUCGAAGUUACAAAGGGUCUGGAGCACAGAGAAUUUGUCCGAGUAAAAAUAAUACACUUAAAUGGGAAACCCAAAGUGCUCACACUUAAACAAGAUCUUCAUUACUGGCCAACUUGGGAACUGAAAUUCGACCCUGAUACUGCAAUGUGGCGUCGUGGAAUGAUCAAGACACUGGACAACAAUAUUGCAGCGUAAGAUGGUAGAUCCAUUAAUCACUGGUCAAUUAUACUGUAAUAUUUUUCAUAUACACAUGAUGCAAUUCUUCUGCUGCUUUUUUUGAAGAACGGCCAUAAAACUCUAUAUACUUGGAAUCAUGUAUAAUCCGCUAUAGUCUCCCAUGACUGAAAAUGUCAUUAUAAGUUAUUAAAGAAAAGACUCAUUCAAUAUUUCUA